AUGUCUGAUCCACCACAAAGUAAAUUCAAUUAUCCUUUAAUUGGAGAUAGCUGGAAAUUUAUAUCAUCGCCAGGUCUUUGGUCAAGAGAACUCGCGAAACAAUGUGAUGUUGUACGAGCAUAUAUUCGUGGAUUGAAUGGGAUGAAAUAUACAACGGUAUAUCAUUUAUGUGGAAAUGAAGCAUUACGAGCAUUUUACGAUGAAGAAACGGUUGUUCGUGGACUUGUUCAUUCGCCUCUUGAUUCUUAUAUGUUUGGCGAUUGGUUGGAUGUAACCCCAAAGAUGAAUCGUGGAUCUCACAAAGAAAGAAAAGCUAUAUUAUUAAAAGCCAUACAUAGCACUGAAAGUGUGAAUCGUUUCCUUAACACGGUUGGAUUGUUCACCGAUGAAUUUAUUGAAAGUUUAAAAUCUAGAAUACUUCCAUUUGGAGUACCUACAAUUAUAUUAUUGAAUUUUCAUAUUCGUAACUUUUGUGCGCAAGUCACUGCAAAAUAUCUUUGGAGCUAUGACGUGAAUGAAAAACUCAUAGAAAAAUUUUAUAAUAUAAAUUCAGAUUUAUCAGAAAAACCUAUAAAUUGUCCGAUAUUUAAUUUUUACGACGGAUUAGAAGGCGCAAGAUGGUUAUUAAACUUUACGCGAAAACGUUUAAUAGAGCAUCAAACAUUUCAAGAUCAAUAUAAUGACACAUUGCAAUUAUUAAUUAAUGCUACCCCGAGGUUGACGGACGAUGAAAUAAUCACUGAAAUCAAUUAUUUAUUCUAUGUCAUAAAUGGGAUAAGUUCAAUUGUCAGUGGUGCGAUCCUCCUUUUAUGUAAAAACAAAAAUACAGAAGUAUUUAGUAAAACGAUGAAAGAAAUAGAAUCUAAUCUCACCUUUUUGCAAUCAUACGACGCAAGUAUUCUAACAGAUGAUUUUGUCAGAAAAAAUUUCCCAUAUUUGGAAAACGUUGUCAAGGAAACUAUUAGAAUUUAUCCGAUUGAACCUUUAAAGUUCGGAACAGUUAUUCGAGAUACGAUUAUCAAAGGAUUUAUUAUUCCAAAAGGAAGUGUUGUAGCUGCUGGACUCUGGGCUAAUGGGUUUAAUGAGGAAAGAUACCCAGAUCCUGAUUCUUUACGACCAGAAAGAUAUGAACAAGAAAUAAAAGACACCGAGAAUGGAUUCGAUUGGACUCCGUUUGGAGGAGGCCAAUUAUUUCAGUCUCAUCGAUGUGCGGGUCAAGAAGCAGUUUUACGCACUUGCACAUAUUUACUCGCACGACUUUUAUCAACAUUUGAUUUUACGCUGAUCAAUUUGAAUCAAUCAUUCGAUUAUUCAAAAUGGGUUUCACGUCCUAAAGAUGAACUUCCAAUUAAAAUCCAAUUAAAGGCAAUGUCUGGUGGACAGGAUUAG